UCAAGUAAUUAUCGUAUUUUACUCUGAUGUACAAAAUACAUAUGGUCGUAAUGAUAAGAUUGUGACUGAAUUUAAAGAGGGGAGAAACCCAAUCUGAUGAUUCAUCAUCAUCAGCGUUAUAUGUGAUGUAAAUAAGUAUUUAACACCACUUGUGAAAGUAAAGUACUUAAACAAUUAAUUCCUAAUUUCGCAUACAGUAAUGGAUCUCUUUCUUCCAAUAGUGUUGUUUAUAGUGUUUUGUGUAUUAUUUUCCAUAUGCGGUUGGUGCUGUAAAAAGCACAGGGAAGGAACAAUUUAUGGAGUUCCAGCAACUGUAACCGUAACUACUCAACCAUCUGCGUCUGUUAUCCACCCUUACCCUACACAGCCAGUAGUACCGCCAGGAUUGGCUCCCAUGUCUGGAUACCAAGCAGGUCCAUACCCGGUGUCGACAACCUCAACAUAUCCACCUCCACCUGCUCCCGGGUUUUGCCCUAUGCCUAUGGCAGGGGGAUAUCCACCGCCCGGACCUUACGCAGUGUCGUCAAAUUCUGCUCCUUAUCCACCCUCAGCGGCCCCUUAUCCACCUUCAGCUACCCCUUUCCCCCCACAGCAACUGCCGCCAUCGUACAUGGAAGCAGUUGGCCAACCGCCUACGGCAUCCCGAACGCCAAUUAGCGAAGGUUAUUCGAAACAAGCUCCCUAUAAUCCAAAUUAUUAAACUGUUUAUAUGCGGGUGAUGUGCUUAUU